UGCAUUGAGCUGUGGGUCUGGUUCUCCCAGGCCGCAGUGUGACACGGUUUCUAUUAAAGCUCACUAAGGUUGUGAAUGGUGACCAGUCCUCUGGCAGUUGCAUGUGUGCCUGGAUCAUGCUUUAUGUUGGUGGGCCUGAACUUUGUCACUCAGCUGUUUUGGGUGGGGGAGAUAAAGGGGCACUGAUAUAAUGGCCCCGUUCUCUCUGCACGCACAUCCAUUGUACUAACCCGCUUGGAAACGCUCCACCAUGGAGUGGCUUUUCAUUGCCCUGGCAACCUGCUUGCUAUCCCUCUGUCCUGUCAAAGGUGAUGAGUGGAGGCUGGAAUAUGAGGAAGGACUCAGUCACUAUAGUGAGGAAGCUCUUAAAAAGGAGUUUCCUGAGAAGACCAGGCCAAUCAGUUUCAAACACCCACCUUUCAUGUGUCCUGACAUGAGCCCCUCCUCUUCUGUGCCCACCUCAGUUGAGCUGGUGAAGGCUGCGGAUAUUAAAGUGAUCGCUGCCCUUGGGGAUUCACUGACCACAGCAAUUGGUGCAAAUGCCACCACAGUUCUUGGCAUACCAAUUGAAUUUCGUCACGUGUCUUGGAGCAUUGGUGGCUAUGGAACCUUUCAAGAUGUCAUUACACUUGCAAACAUCAUUCGACUCUUCAACCCCCAUUUAGUGGGACCCGCCCCAACUAAGACGGUCCAUGGGACCCCGGCUCCCCUCUGCGAGACUGGAUUCAACCUGGCUGUAACGGGACACAACACCUUUAAUCUUCCUGAACAAGUCAGACAUUUGAUUGAUACACUAAAAACAUAUGAGGAUAUUGACUUUGAUGAGGACUGGAAACUGUUGACUAUUCUAAUUGGGAUGAAUGACAUCUGUGAUUACUGCAAAGACAAGGCAUUGCUUACAAAGCUGUUUCUUUGGCAAACUUCAGACAGAAGAUUCUUCUACAGUAUUGACACAUUUUGUUCGCAAUGUCAAAGCAGAGAGAUAAACAUAUAG